AUGCCACCCAAAAAGAAGAGAGUAGCUAAUUCCAAUAGUGAGGAACCUAUUGUUAAUUUGCGAAGGCCAACCAAAGCAAGGGUUGAUACUGAGGCUGAAGUCACUCAAGACAUGAGAAAUAAUGAUCGUCAUAGGGUGACACGCACUGAUCCUUUGGAUGAAGCUGCUGCCCAACUGUUGGACAGGUUGGCCCAUGUUGCUAGUAGAGGCGUAGGUAGAGUAGAGGCAAGGGCUGGUUGCUCUUUUGAGACUUUUAUGAAGCAGAAUCCCCCUUCCUUUGAUGGGAAGCCAGAUCCUACAAAAGCUGAGAAUUGGUUCUUGCAAAUGGAGAAAUUGUUAGAAGCUUUAGAUUGCACUGACUCUCUGAAGGUGCGGUUUGCAACUUUCAAGUUGAUAGGAGAAGCUGAGCGUUGGUGGAGAUCUACUAAAGCCAUUUUGGAGGGAAUGGACACUGAGAGAAAUCCCAUCACUUGGGAGAAAUUUAAAGGGGUUUUCUAUGAUAACUACUUCCCUGAGGUGGUUCGAGAACGAAAAGAGAGGGAAUUUGCUGAUUUGGUGCAAGGAAGUAUGACUGUUGAGCAGUAUGCUGCUAAAUUCAUCGAGUUAUCUCGCUUUGGACGCCACUUAAUCCUUACUGAGACGAAGAAAGCAAGCAGAUUUCAAAAGGGGUUGAAUGAGAGACUUCGACACCAUUUGAUUGCAGCAGGGGUUGAUAACUAUGUAGAGUCAGUUAAGAGAGCUAUGAGACUGGAGGAAGAUUUCAAGAACAAUGUUAGGAAGGAGAACCCACCUAGAAACACUAGACAGACAAACUUUCGUCAAGGCAAUGCUCAAGGUCAUUGGAACAAGAAAGGAUCUUUUGGGAGGUCUGGGAGUAAUUCAUCAUCAAAUAAGCCAAAAAAUAAGAAUCCACCCCAGAAUGCUCAAGGUAGAAGUUUGAAUGCUUGCUCUACAUGUGGAAGGUUUCAUGGAGAUAAGCCGUGUUUCUUUGAAGGAAAGGCUUGUUAUAACUGUGGAAAGACAGGACACUUAGCUAGAAGCUGUACUUCUCCUCAACAAAACUCAAUGGCACAACCUGGAAAGAAUGAUCAGAGGAGGAAAGCACAAGGGAGAGUGUUUGCACUCACACCACAAGAUGUCCAAGCUUAG